GCCGAACGCACCUACAGCAGCCUGUAGGCCUGUAAACAAAAACACAAUGAUUUCAUAGCGGCCACAGCAGAUACUGGAGCCUGAGUGGGGAGCGCACACAAAACCAGUCCCGGGAGGACUGUCCCGAUUGGAAACCGUCGGAAUACUCAGCUGGGACAGUAACUAAGGAAUGGCUUGUCUAAUGGCUGCGUUUUCUGUGAACAACACAUUGGUCACGAAUUCAAUAAUUAUGAACGCAAAUGGGCCGCCAGAUCUGAUGGUGGAGCCCAGGAAUGUGUGCGUGUCCAUUGACGAGGUUGUGUCGAAUGGGGGCGCUCAGAAGACCCCGCUGAUGCAUGAAAAUGGCCUGGCUGAAUACCAGCGCUUCUCUUACCUGCCCCGACGUCUGGCAGUCAAUAUCGAAUUUAAAGAUGUGUCGUACUCAGUCCCCGAAGGACCGUGGUGGAGGAGGAAAGGUUACAAGACCCUGCUGAAAGGCAUCUCUGGGAGUUUCACCAGUGGUGGACUGGUGGCCAUCAUGGGACCCUCUGGGGCCGGGAAGUCUACGCUCAUGAACAUCUUGGCCGGCUACAGGGAAACGGGGAUGAAGGGGGAGAUCUUGAUCAAUGGGCAGCCACGUGACCUGCGCUCCUUCCGGAAGGUGUCCUGUUACAUCAUGCAGGACGACAUGCUCCUCCCACAUCUGACAGUUGAGGAGGCCAUGAUGGUAUCUGCGAAUCUUAAACUUCAGAAGAAGGAUGAAGGGAGACGUGAGAUGGUCAAAGAGAUCCUGACUGCUCUCGGCUUGCUGCAGUGCGCCAAGACGCGCACAGCAAACCUGUCAGGAGGGCAGAGGAAGCGACUUGCCAUCGCGCUGGAGCUGGUCAACAACCCGCCCGUCAUGUUCUUCGACGAGCCCACCAGUGGCCUGGACAGCUCCUCCUGCUUCCAGGUGAUCUCGCUCUUGAAGGCUCUGGCCCAGGGUGGGAGAACAAUCAUCUGUACCAUCCACCAGCCCAGUGCCAAGCUCUUUGAGCUCUUUGACAAGCUCUACGUCCUGAGCCAAGGCCAGUGUAUCUAUCAGGGGAAGGUGUCCAGCCUUGUUCCGUACCUAAGGGAGCUGGGACUGAACUGUCCUACAUAUCAUAACCCUGCAGAUUUUGUGAUGGAAGUGGCCUCAGUGGAAUAUGGGGAUCAGACGGCCAGACUGGUGAAGGCUGUGCAGGACCGGAUGAGUGAAAGGAACUACAGGAUAGAGAAGCAGGAUGACGACCUCAUCAAGCCCUACCUGUCGCAGAAACCCAUAGAUGAGGAUUCUUCCUCCACGGAGGGAUGCCACAGCUUCUCGGCUAGCUGCAUGACUCAGUUCUCUAUCCUUUUCAAGAGGACAUUUCUCAGCAUCAUGAGAGAUUCAGUACUGACUCACCUGCAGAUCACCUCUCACAUCGGAAUCGGCAUCCUGAUCGGGCUUCUCUACCUGGGUAUCGGUAACGAGGCCAAGAGAGUCCUCAGCAACUCCGGCUUCCUCUUCUUCUCCAUGCUGUUCCUCAUGUUCGCCGCGCUCAUGCCCACCGUGUUGACAUUUCCUCUCGAGAUGGGGGUUUUUCUAAGGGAGCACCUGAACUACUGGUACAGCCUGAAGGCCUACUAUCUUGCCAAGACCAUGGCUGAUGUUCCCUUCCAGGUGGUGUUCCCAGUGGCCUACUGCACCAUCGUCUACUGGAUGACAUCACAGCCCUGCGACGCCCUCCGCUUCAUACUCUUCCUGUCCCUGGGGACCAUGACGUCACUGGUGGCCCAGUCUCUUGGGCUGCUAAUUGGGGCAGCCUCUACCUCCCUGCAGGUGGCUACGUUUGUUGGUCCAGUGACUGCCAUCCCUGUGCUGCUGUUCUCUGGGUUCUUUGUCAGCUUUGACACCAUACCAAAGUACUUGCAGUGGAUUUCCUACGUUUCCUAUGUCAGGUAUGGUUUUGAAGGCGUGAUCCUGUCCAUCUAUGGGCUGAACCGUGAAGACCUCCAUUGCGACGACGAUGACACAUGUCACUUUCAGAAGUCAGCAGCCAUCCUAAAGGAACUUGAUGUAGAGAACGCCAAGCUGUACCUGGACUUCAUCGUGCUGGGUAUCUUCUUUGUCUUGCUCCGUCUCCUUGCCUACUUUGUCCUGCGCUACAAGAUCAGAUCUGAGAGGUAGACCAAGGCAGCGAAAGGGGACACAGGGGAUCAUGGGAGAGCUGGCGGAACUACCUUAGCUACCGGACAUCCAAGACCCCUCCUGCUGACAGUCCACCCAAAGACCAACUCUUUUGUGGGUGCAUUCUGGGAGUUGUAGUCUUGCUCUCCUAAAUGGUAAGACCAUCAACGGAUAGAGGAGUCUCAUCAAAUGGUGGGGACACCAUCCCUUUAAGAUCCUUUAAGGUAUAACGUAUUUCUGUUUUAGAAUGAACCAAACCUUUGUCUGUAAAAUGUUUUGAAAAUCAGGAUGUGAUAGUAACUUUUGUUUGAAUUUAGGAGACGAGGAAAUAGGAAAGCUUUCCACUAAGUGGGACUUUCCCACACCAGCAUCACAUGAUCCUAGAAAUAGCAAGAUAUAUUUUUGUCUUCUGGUCACCCGAAAGGGAGCUUGUAGAGGUCCUCUCCCAGGGAGAGCACACCUGUUUAACAGUCUUACUUUCUGCACACUGAUGCCUUCUUGUAUGUCAGAGAAAGAGGGGCUGUGCUCCCAGUUAGCGAGUUUUGCACAGGUGAGGGCUACCCCAACCCGCAGACCACUGUGUGCCAGUCUGAGAGGCAAAGCAUUUGACUUUUAAUGGCUACUUCAUUCUGGCCAUGAAACAGAAGUUUUUAGAAUUCAACUACUGGCCAUUUUAAAUAUCUCCAUUCCACACUGCAUUCGUUUUUCUGCCUUUGGUAAUCCGUUAUUUUCUGACUAAAGAAGUAGGACAGUUUAUAUUUUUCUAGAGAAGUAUUUUACUUGCACAAGUAAAUGCGGUUUUUAAUGCACGUUUAUUGGGGUGGAAAAUUGAGCACCCGUCGUCUCCUUUAUACUGAGAACCCUGCGCGCGCUUAAAGUCAGAGGCAUGACCAGUCCUAAGACUUGACGUCUGAAAAACAAGCUCGGGAUUCUGACUCCUCUGUUCCAAUUCUGAAGUGUGGUUGGUAGCUGUUUACAUGUACAGGGCUCCUGUGCGCCGUACAGCGAUGAGAAAUCACUCUGAUCAGAGCUUGGCACGAAUUGUUGUUAUUUUCGUUUCACAGCACAUUAUGAAUGUAAUAUCUGUUAAGAAGAAAGACCUUAGUCGGCGGUAAUUCUUGAGAAAGAAAUCCCUGCCAGUUGUAACGCUUCUGGUACUUUUCACAUUUUUUCGGCGACCAUGUCGUGCGUGUACUCUCCCUCGUACGUCUUUGAGGUGUUUUGCACACACCUUUAUUUGCUAAAUAAUCGCGAUGACAGUACGAUGCCAAGUUACUUUGUUAGAUAAUUGCCUGCUCCUUAUACGUAAAGGGAAAGAGGCAGUGGGGGAGGUACGCACUCAGAAGCGUUACUGAAUAUUAGGUUUCUCGUGGGUAUACAGAGCAUGUGUUGUGCUUGCGUUCUUCUCUCGCAGUCUCCCUAACAGUGCACGUACUGCAGAGUGACAUUAUCCCAUGCGCAACGUCUUAUGGCCGCAGUACGGAAUAACAUUUAGCUUUUACACAGUCAAGGCAAAAAUAAAUGCAACCUCCAAACUGCCAACUAGCUGUGUAUUUUGUGCUUCUUUUCCGAAAAGCUGGAAAAAAUGACCAAGAUUUGGAAGGUCAGGCUUGUCUUCGACACAAGCGUUAACACUGCUUUACGAUUAUGUAAAUUUAAGGUUUCAGCUCAGUGAAUGAUUUUCAGUGUGUAUUGCACCUUGCAUAUUUAAGAUUGCAUACUUCUACUUGUUGACAAGUUUGCAACAGCGCCCUCUGCUGGCGACAGAGGUUUACUCACUGUUUUGAAAAUGAGGAAACAAUGUUUAUGUUCAGUUUUUUUUCCUGUAUUGAUUGAUAGAUUUUACAUGCUUUUCAUUCAGUUUGUAAGAAAAUGCAUUAUUUCGUUCAUUUAUUUAUUGUGUACAGUAUUUGUUUUAUUUUUCUCUGGUUAAAUUCAAAUUCUUGUUUUAAAUGUCCCUGUAAGAGAGCUGUGUUGUAAUGAAAUCAUCGUGUAGAAACAUAAAUAAAGUUUCUAUGCUUUGUUAGAUAA